CUGGAAACGAAGACGUAAUGUAGUGAAUCUUUCUGUUCUUGCAAUGCGCAUCAUUUUGUCAUUAUCUGACAAAUUCCACAGCCUGGAAUAGCAAUGAAGCAGGCGGGCGCGUCCUCCAUGUGGGCCUCCUGUUGUGGGUUACUGAAUGAGGUGAUGGGCACUGGGACCAUGCGGCCGCCGGGCGGGCAGACCGGGUUUGGACCGGGCGCCAGGCCCUUCCGCUUCGCCCCGAGCGCCGGCUACUCCACCUACCCCCCGGCCACGCCCUCCUCCAGCGGCUCCGCCCACAACAACGCCAGCGUCAGCGCCGGACUCGCCUGCAAAGCCUGCGGACUCGCCUUCUCCGUCUUCAGAAGGAAGUACGUGUGUUCGGACUGCCGUAAGAGCUACUGCUCGCUGUGCUCGGUCCUUCAGGAGAACCUGCGUCGCUGUGCCACCUGCCACCUGCUGUGGGGCACGGCCUUCCAGCGGCCGCGGCUCAUGCGCCUGCGGGUCAAGGACCUGCGCCAGUACCUGAUGCUCCGCAACAUCCCCACCGACACCUGCCGCGAGAAGGAGGACCUGGUGGAGCUGGUGAUGUGCACGCUGGGGCCGCGGCCGCCACGCAUCGGGGAGGAGGAGGGGGAGGGGGAGGAGGAGGAGGAGAGGAGGGGGGAGGAGGAGAGGCCGGGAGUGGUCCUGAGCCCCCCACAGGGAUCCGCCCCUCGGUCAGUCUCAGAACACUCAGAGCUGUCAAUCACCACCUCACAAGACGACACACUCAGCUCCAGCUCAGGCACCAGCAGUCAGGACCAAGCUGAUGCUGCCUCUCUCGCCACAUUGAACCUGGAAGACAGUAGCAGUAUACAGGAGGCCAGCCCAGGUACUCAGCGUCGUGCGCGAGCCUCUCUCUCGGACAUCGCCACAGAGGACGCCAUCGAGAGCCUCACGGUGCGGCAGCUGAAGGAGAUCUUGGCACGGAACUUUGUCAACUUCUCUGGCUGCUGCGAGAAAUGGGAGUUGGUGGAACGAGUGCACCGACUGUACCGGGACAAUGAGCAGAACCGCAGAUCCAUGGAGAAUGUGAACAGUGACAUUACAGCAGUAACAACGUACCCCCCUCCCAUCUGCCUUGGAGAGCUCGGAGACGGUGUCCUGAGGCCGCAGCUGAGUGCGGUGGAUGAGAACCUGUGUCGUAUCUGCAUGGACGCGUUCAUAGACUGCGUGCUGCUCGAGUGCGGACACAUGGUCACCUGCACCAAAUGUGGCAAACGCAUGAACGAGUGCCCCAUAUGCCGGCAGUACGUGGUGCGCGCCGUGCACGUCUUCAAGUCCUAAUGCCCCCAAACACACACACACAAACACACACACCAC